AUGUCAGCUGUCAAUGAAACCAAAUUGAACCCUGACAUUUUCCUUCUCACCGGGAUGCCUGGGCAGGAAGACGUCCAUCUCUGGAUCUCUAUCCCCUUUUGCUUAGUGUAUUUUAUUUCAAUAGUAGGAAAUUCAGUCAUUCUAUUCAUUAUAAAAACAGAUCCAAGCCUCCAUGAGCCCAUGUACAUUUUCCUUUCCAUGUUGGCCGUCACAGACCUUGGCAUAUCGAUAACCACCAUACCGACGAUACUGGGCAUAUACUUGUUUAACUCUAGGGAGAUCAGCCUCAGUGCUUGUUUUACCCAGCUGUUCUUUAUCCACUUUCUUGCAAAAAUUGAAUCCUCCAUGCUCUUGAUGAUGGCCUUUGACCGUUUCAUUGCGAUCUGUAACCCACUGAGAUAUGCUUCAAUCUUAACCCUGCCGAGAAUAGCCAAGAUGGGGUUUUUGUUUGUGCUAAGAGGGGUGGCUGUAGCAUUACCAUUCCCCUUUCUCCUGAAACGGUUCCGAUACUGUCGAACCAACGUCCUCUCCCAUUCCUACUGCCUGCACCAGGACAUCAUGAAGUUGGCUUGUACAGACAUCACAGUCAAUAACAUCUAUGGCUUAUUUAUUACACUCAUAACGGUGUGGUUGGACUCGCUGCUCAUCUUCCUCUCUUAUGUGAUGAUCCUCAAAGCAGUGCUGAGCAUCACAUCCCACACGGAGUGCCUCAGGGCCUUGAACACCUGCAUCUCCCACCUCUGUGCUGUCCUGGUCUUCUACAUGCCAGAGUUCAGCCUGACUGUCAUACACAGAUUCUGGAAGAGCUCUUCUCCCUUGCUUCAAAUUCUCCUCGGCUACAUCUACCUACUGGGCCCACCCCUGAUUAAUCCAAUUGUGUACAGCAUGAAAAGCAAACACCUUCGUGCGAGGAUAAUCAAGGUGUUUGUUAAAUGA